AUGGCACAAGCUCAUUGUUCCCCGUUCGAUGAAGAAUUCUACAGUGUCCUGGCCGACCUGCAGCCGUCAUCUACGUUCAAAUGGUACCAAACUGCAAUUGUCGCCCUUGGUGCCCUGAACUAUCCAGAAGAGAUACCCAGACUGUAUGAACUUCUGCUCAACGCGUAUAUCCCCAAGGAAAACCACUUAAAGGAGACCCGGAAGAUCCGAGAGGGAUUGACCAAAGCCUGCGGGAUUAUGGGGGCUGCAAAGACAGGGUCAAGCCUUCGUCAGUUGGCGACUGCAAUACCCCCUGAGCUUAUGGAGUCAACAUAUCACCGGGCCGGUGAUACACGAGAAACGGCCAUCCAACGAGGCCGGAACAUGUUCUGCCAGAUUUAUGGUAAUAUUCCCGGGUACGACGAGGGCAAGACGUUGCAUGCAAGUCCCGACUACUAUCACAUCGUAAAUGAGCUGUUCUACGGCCACAUCUUCUCAUUCGACGCAGUUCUCGACAUCCUAGAGACGGAGCAAGUUAUUGUUUCUGCUUUGUUAGGAAUCGACUGCCCAGAGCAGGCAAGGAACCAUAUGCUGGGUAUUCUCGCCAACGGGGGACAGGGCGAGGACCUUGCAUUCAUUCGUGAUAUUGUCUCUCGGAUUGCUGAUCGAGGCCAUAUGCAACUCCGCAGAGUUUCCAAAUUUGAUACGCCACGACUUGAUUCGUAG